AUGGCGUCAGAAAACCCUAAUUCCACCCCAAAAUCUCCAAGAACCCUAAUGUGCCCUAAAAGCGAUACAUCCCAAAGCCCUUACGCACCUCCAUUACCCUCGUCAUCAAACCCUAAUCAACCAUCAUCAUCGUCAUCGUCGCUUCAUCCAAACGCAGACACGAAUGACGCGUCCGACAAUCUCUUCCCGGACUCUGGCCCAAAUUCGCCACACGAUCCAUCCGAAUCACUUGAAGAAGUUAUCGUUUCUGUUCCAGGCGCGAUCCUACAUUUAAUCGAUAAGAAUCACAGCGUGCAACUAGCGAUGGGAGAUUUCUCGAUAGUCAAACUACGUCAAUCCGACAGCCUGAUCGCCAUUCUCGCACGCGUUGGUGGAGAGAUCCAAUGGCCUUUGGCGAGACACGAGGCUUGCGUUAAGUUAGACCAGUCUCAUUAUUUCUUCUCGUUACGCGCUCCAAAGGAGAAAGAACACGACGCUAUGAUGUUAAAUUACGGAUUGACAUUUGCUUCGAAAGGACAAGAGAAGUUGUUGAAAGAGAUGGAUGAGUUAUUGGAGCAUUGCAGUAGUUUCUCGGUGCAGAAAGUGGAGGAGAAGAAGGGGGCUUUGGAUUUAACAAUGGCGGAACGAAUGAGUCCCUCAGAUCUGAAAAUGGAAGCAAACAAGGAAGAGAUGGAGCAGAUUUGUCGAGCUUAUUGGACGACAUUAGCCCCAAAUGUGGAGGAUUACAGUACGAAGGCUGCAAAAUUAAUUGCUGCGGGUUCAGGGCAACUUGUUAAAGGGAUUCUCUGGUGUGGAGAUGUUACAGUGGAUAGAUUAAUCAAGGGUAAUGAGAUUUUGAAGCUAAAGAUCGGACCUGCCAGCAACACAGCAGUUAAUCCUGAACUUCUAAAGGCUAUACACAGGGUUAAUAAGGUGACGAAGAUGACAGAGACAGUUGUUGGUGGACUUCUUUCUGGCGUUCUGAAGAUUACUGGAUUCUUUACAAGCUCUGUUGCUAGCUCUAAACUUGGCAAGAAGUUCUUCAAAUUUUUGCCUGGGGAAAUAGCACUCGCGACUCUGGAUGGAUUUAGCAAAAUUUGUGAUGCUUUUGAAGUUUCUGGAAAGAAUGUAAUGUCAACAUCAUCUACUGUGACAACAGAACUCGUUAAUUACAAAUAUGGAGAAGAGGCGGCGAAGGCAACAAAUGAAGGGCUGGAUGCGGCGGGCCAUGCGGUAGGAGCCGCAUGGACAGUUUUCAAAAUUAGAACCGCAAUGAAUCCAAAAGGAGUUGUGGCGCCUUCUGUGCUUACAAAAACUGGUCUUAAAGAUGCAACCGAAGAGAUGAGGAAUAAAGCACUUAAAGACAUAAAGGCUAAAGAUUCCCAAAAAACAUCCAAGUGAAUCAUUAUAGAUAGAUAAUACCUAGUUUGUUGAACAGUCAGCUUUGUACUGUGUUUGUCUAAGAAGGUGGGACAGGGACUGAGACUGAGAGUGAGACAGACAAUCCCUUGUACAGUUGAGUUUAGUUUAAUCCCAUACUGUAUAAUCGUGUCUCGUGUAACAAACGCAACCUUAAAAGGUACUCAGAUUAAUAGAUGGAUUCGUAAAAUAAAAUGUAAAUAUAAAUAAUGAUUUUAAGAAUUUAGUGUAAAAUUGUUUACAUGUGUCUAUUUGUAAAGAGAGAAACAAACAUACAAU